AUGGCGCCCCACAACGUCUUGAUGCUCGGCGCCGGCUUCGUCACGAAGCCGACGCUCGACAUCCUCGCCGAAUCCGGCAUCGCCAUCACCGUCGCCUGCCGCACCCUCGAGUCCGCCAAGGCUCUCGCCGCCGGCAUCAAGAACGCCAAGCCCAUCUCGCUCGACGUCACCGACGACCGAGCCCUCGACGCCGAGGUGGCCAAGAACGACCUCGUCAUCAGCCUCAUCCCCUACACCUUUCACGCGACCGUCAUCAAGUCCGCCAUCCGCCAGAAGAAGCAUGUCGUCACCACGAGCUACGUGUCGCCCGCCAUGCUCGAGCUGGACCAGGCGUGCAAGAAUGCCGGCAUCACCGUCAUGAACGAGAUUGGUUUGGAUCCGGGCAUUGACCAUCUCUAUGCCGUCAAGACAAUCGAGGAGGUCCACAAGGAAGGAGGGAAAAUCACCUCCUUUCUCUCGUACUGCGGUGGCUUGCCGGCACCGGAGAGCUCGGGAAAUCCAUUGGGUUACAAAUUCUCCUGGUCUCCCCGCGGCGUCUUGCUGGCGCUGCGAAAUGCCGCCAGCUUCUAUCAAGAUGGCAAGAUUGUCAACGUCGCAGGUCCGGGUAAGAACAAAAGCGCCACGACGCAUGCGUCACCGUCACACGCGAAAAUGGCCGCCCAAGGUGCUGACAUGGAGCAUGCAGAUCUGAUGGCCACGGCCAAGCCGUACCACAUUUACCCAGGGUUCGCCACCGUCGCCUACCCGAACCGAGACUCGACGGGAUACAAGGAGCGCUAUCACAUCCCCGAGGCGCAAACCAUCAUCAGGGGCACCUUGCGAUACGUCGGCUUCCCCGAGUUUGUCAAGGUGCUCGUCGACAUGGGCUUCCUCAAGGAUGAGGAGCAAAGCUUCUGCAAGGAGGCCAUUCCUUGGAAGGAGGCGACGCAAAAGAUUCUCGCCGCCCCCUCCUCGGAGGAGCCAGCCCUCAUCGCCGCCAUCUCGGCCAAGACGACGUUCCGGGACGACGAGCAACGAGGUCACGUGCUGGCCGGUUUGCGAUGGCUCGGUCUCUUUUCCUCGGACAAGAUUAUUCCCCGAGGAAACCCGCUGGACACGCUCUGCGCCACGCUCGAGAAGAAGAUGCAGUUCGCCGAGGGAGAACGCGACAUGGUGCUUCUGCAGCACAAGUUCGAGGUCGAGCUCAAGGACGGCACCAAGCAGACGAGGCUCUCGACCCUCUGCGACUACGGCAGCACCGAAGCCGGGGGCUACUCGGCCAUGGCCAAGCUUGUCGGCAUCCCGUGCGCCGUCGCCGUCAAGCAGGUGCUCGACGGAACCCUCUCCGAGAGGGGCGUGCUGGCUCCGAUGAGCAGCAAGAUCAACGACCCCCUGAUCAAGGAGCUCAAGGCAAGCGGAGCGACCUGCCUCGUGGAGGGCGGACCGUGCUAA